UUCGCUAUGGCGGCCAUCCCUCCAGACUCCUGGCAGCCGCCCAACGUAUACUUGGAGACCAGCAUGGGGAUCAUUGUGCUAGAGCUGUACUGGAAGCAUGCUCCAAAGACUUGUAAGAACUUCGCUGAAUUGGCUCGUCGAGGUUACUACAAUGGCACCAAAUUCCACAGAAUCAUCAAAGACUUUAUGAUCCAGGGAGGUGACCCAACAGGGACAGGUCGAGGUGGUGCAUCUAUCUAUGGCAAGCAGUUUGAAGAUGAACUUCAUCCAGACUUGAAAUUCACAGGGGCUGGAAUUCUCGCAAUGGCCAAUGCCGGGCCAGACACCAACGGCAGCCAGUUCUUUGUGACCCUGGCUCCCACCCAGUGGCUUGACGGCAAACACACCAUUUUUGGCCGUGUGUGCCAGGGUAUAGGAAUGGUGAAUCGAGUAGGAAUGGUGGAAACAAACUCCCAGGACCGUCCUGUGGACGAUGUGAAGAUCAUUAAGGCAUACCCUUCUGGGUAGACUUGCUGCACUCUUGGGCACACCCAGGUCUUCUGAGAUGGCCCCAGUGAACCAGUUUCCAGAUGACCUAGAAUGACACGUAACUCUAAACUGCAUUUUGGUCUUGCAAAUCUGAGGCGCUGAGGAGGCCUGGGGUCUUGGGUGAGUUAGAGAUGGAAGUGUAUUUUAAUAGGAUGCUUCUUUUCUCUUCCCCAGUGCCUGGUUGACAGAGCAUUUGCAGAAAUGCCCAUGCGUGAUUGUUCACAGGUUACUGCUCACUGCAAAUGACCCAUACUGCUCCUUCUUGUGUGUAUCUGCUCUAUACACUUGGAACGAAAUGAAGCCAACUCUGUCAUUUCGCAGUGCCUAACCAGCCUCUUCUUGCAGAAAUUUAUAUUCUGGGCUACACUGCAGUCUUUGGUGGCUGACAGCCAUAGAAUUCAAAACCAAGUAGUGUCUAUCAGCCUUCUUAACUGUGUGCACCCCCUAUUUCAGUCUCUUGCUUUUGUUCUUCCAGGGAUUGUAUGCAUCUCUAUAUAUAUUUUCCCUCUCAAAACCAGAACAUCAACACUGCUGUUUCUGACACUUAGACAUCCCACGCAAAGCCACAUUGAAUUUUUGCCAAGUGAAAAAUGCAUCCAACAAUCAAGUUUCUAAGAAUGUGUCAAGUGGGGAAUGAUAAUGUGUAAUAAUUGAGAAAUUACUUUAU